UGCAGCCACCAGGCGCAUUGCGCCAUUUGGUAGUGAGGGCAUUUACGUGUACAUACCCCAUAAGCUGACGGGGCCUGAUCCAGGCCUAUAAGUACCACAGCAACAGGCGAUUGCUCCACAAACAUGGCGCUGCCCAGGACGAGCCUGAUAUGGGCUCUGCUCAUCGUUUCAUUCACAGUCGUAGCGAGUGAGAAGUCGAUCCUACAAACUGUGUACGAUGCAGAGUCGGCGGGUCAGAUCUCAAACAGUCAAAAAAGGCACUGGAACGAAGUCUAUCCUAUCAACUGUGUACGAUGCCGAGUCGACGGGUCAGAUCGCCAAAAGUCCACGAACUGACACUGGUGGCAAACAGCGUGUUGUCAAACGGCAGACAUGUGAGCCCGAGCGCUUCAGGACAAUAGACGGCGCGUGCAACAACAUCAACAACCCCUCCUGGGGGUCCACCAACCAGAACUUCAGGCGAGUCCUAUCAGCGGUAUACAACGAUACUAACGGCACUCCUCGCAUCAAUGCUGUUUCCGGGUUACCUUUGCCAAAUGUCCGCACAAUCAGCAAUAAUGUUCACUUCGAGUUGAACCGGCCUUCUCGCCGCCUCAACGUAAUGGCCAUGCAAUGGGGUCAGUUCCUUGACCACGACCUGACGGGUACCCCCGUCACUACCAACAACGGUGAAAAGAUCGAGUGCUGUAAUUCUGUCGAAGAUGUGACUACAGAUCCCACCAACCCCUGUUUCCCGAUAUCACUGCCACUUCGGGACCCAGCCUUCCCCAACAGAAACUGCAUGAACUUCGUCCGCUCCGAGCAAGCUGAGGUCUCUCCUGGAGCCCCCCGGGAACAGAAGAACUCCCUGACAGCCUUCAUCGAUGGCUCCCAGAUCUACGGAGCAAAUUCUGAAUUGACGGAGAGUCUCAUGGACCACACGGGCGGUCUUCUGAAGGUGACGUCAGACAACCUGCUGCCAGCUGGAGCGACGACAGCGUGCGUUCGUGACCCCACUGACCCAGAAGACGAUUGUUUCCUUGCAGGUGACACUCGUGUGAACGUCUUCCCCGGCCUCUCUGCACUCCACACCCUCUUCGUCCGCGAACACAACCGCAUUGCCAAAGAGUUAGCGUCUCUGCAACCAACCUGGUCUCACGAACGUCUCUUCGACGAAACCAGGAAGAUUGUCGGGGCACAGUUGCAGGUUAUUACGUACAACGAAUGGCUACCGGAAAUCAUCGGCAGGGACGCCAUGACCCUGUACGAUCUCAGUUCCGGUGACUACUCGUACAUCGAGGAGGUCAACCCAACUCUUCCAAACGUCUUCUCAACGGCGUCUUUCCGAUUUGGACAUACAAUGAUUCCCAAAACCAUGCGCUUCGAAAAUAGAAGUGUCUCCUUGACACAACUGUUCAAUCGGCCUUCCUACGUCCGAAGGAACAUCGUUUCCGUCUUCGAAGGCCUUCUUGAUGGAGUAAAUCAGGACUUUGAUGCCUGGUACUCGGACGAGAUGAGGAGUCAUUUAUUUGAGACCACAGCCGAGACCGGGAUGGACAUCGUAGCUCUCAACAUCCAGAGGGGAAGAGACCAUGGCCUUCCUGCCUAUAACGCAUGGAGACAAUACUGCAAUCUGCCAAGUGUUACUUUUCCAACCAACGUUUUUGCUGGUCGAGCUGGGCGCGACAUAGAAAGGACGUAUGCUUCUCCUGAUGACAUUGACCUGUACACUGGAGGCGUCUCUGAAGCUCGAGUUCGAGGGGCCGCUGUAGGGAGCUUGUACGCCUGCUUACUGGGGGAACAGUUUGCUGAUCUGAAGUAUGGCGACAGUUACUGGUACGAGACCCAAGAUCCAGUCAAGGGAUUCACUACAGAACAAAUUGCCACCUUGGAGGAGGUAUCUCUAUCCCGCAUCAUCUGUGACAACAUCGGCAUCACCAGCAUCCCGACAAACCCUUUCCUUUUGCCUGGAGACAAUAACAACCAGGUUGUUGACUGCAGUUCGACGGCUAUCCCAUCCUUAGACCUGUCCUUGUGGGGCCCUGAUGAAGACACCACCGAGGGACCAGCGCAACCUCCACAGCCUACGCAACCUCCACAGCCUACGCAACCUCCACAGCCUACGCAACCACCACGGCCUCCACGACCAACGCAGCCUCCACGGCCUACGCAACCUCCACGGCCUACGCAACCACCACGAGGACGGCCAGGUGGACAGUCGGGUGGACGACAGGGUGGACGACCGGGUGGGCGCAGACGGCAAGAUCAACGGAAUAUGAACGACAAACGGAAAGGUAGACAAUGAACACAAUCCGUCAUUGUUCAUCGCGAUAUUGUGUGAUUACUUUUCAAGUGACAUGGACUGUAUUCACUACACAAUUUCUCGACGGAAAAGGAAACUGUCCACCUUAACAUGAAGCCCGAAAACCGUCAAUUAGUAUCUCAUUAAUUCUAUCUGUAUUUUGUCUGCGUUUCUCAUCUCUAACCUCAAGCCAGCAAGAAAGCGGUAAGGGAAAAAAAAUGAUAAAAAAUUAAAAUCACGUGGUAAUAGCAUUUAUAUUUAUGAAUGGUGAAGAUCUAAUCAUAUUGUUUUAGAAUAAUUCUUUAAUAAAUGUAGAUGAAUAAAAUCAAACUGACCCUGGAUUACUUUUCGUAUGCAAGGGUACGAGUAUGGUAUUCAUCACACAGAGACUUCAAUUGAAAAUAUGAAUUAAAAUUAAGAUUUUUAUUUUGUUUAAGUCGAAAUAAAAAAAAAUUAAAAUCCAGGGAAAGGGAAACACGGGAAAAUACAAUGAGACUAAGUUUGUGUAUCAAUACUGAAUAAACAUUUUUCAAAUCCUCA